GGUGUCCGUGCUUUCCGGCUCACGGUCGGGAAAAAGUGCGAAGUGCUGUGAGAGCAAUUGGGAAAACAGGGAAAGCAAACUAAAGGGGAGAUGAGAGCAGCACGGUUCAUGUACCCCGCAAAGGACCCCCGCCUCCCCGCCUAAAACGGGCUGCGACAGCAUUACGCGCGUCGUGCGAGGGUUUUGCUGGAUUAUUCAACUAAUUCGCAAAGACAUCACACGUUUGCGUAAAAAUGAUGGACACCAAAUAUCUGUUGAUAUGUUGCUGCAUCCCGGCAGUGCGAGGACCGCUUUAAUUUCAAAGGAGCACAGAGGAUACUUCACAGCUGAAAAACAUGUAGGAAAAAACUGGAAGAAUAUGGAUUGUCAGGCAAAUCGCUAAAUUGGAAAGCGAGCACAUUGGCGCAUCUCGAAACGGAUUUGCACGGAAAUUUAACGACUGUCAUAAAAUGAGAAUAUCUGCCAAGCGAUUGCCUGUAUAUCUCUAAUUUGUAUCAUAAUUCUUAUCAUGGCUUGGCUCCUAACAAGACAGUCAAUACUGAAGGCUGGGCGCCCAUAUCUUGCCUUUGAGGAGCGCACUUUACAGCAACUUGAAUACUCACACGGUGAUCCACACAACAGACUAUAUUUAACAGACAAGACGCCACAAAAGUAGCCUAAAUUAGAAGAAAAUAAUGCAAAUGCCGAGCUGUUUUAAGUGCUUUGAAACGGACCUUUUGAAGUGGUGACGGUCCGCUAUUUUACGUGUUUUAACCAUGUAUAACUGCUUUUUCGCUCUUCUCACCUGGAUGAAAUUUCUUUGGAUUUCCUGACUUGUUUUUCAUUGGAUAUCAUUUUAUUAUUUCUUGAAAACAAUAAAUCAAACCAACCGCGUCUUUUCUUUCUACGUAUCACGACGUAAAGACCUUUGAUGUCAGGCAAGGACACGGAGACGCCAUGACGAGUGAGGAGUUUCCCGGACCCUUGGGGGUGUCUCACACCGGAGCAGGCGUGUGUGAGGACUAUGUCCCUGCCCAGGGGGAGGAGGCCAUCGAGGACCUGGGGCAGGGCGAUGACGCCAGCAGUGACCUGAGUUCCUUGGUGAUGCCUUUCCCAGAGCUGGCCCCCGUGGUCUUCUUCUGCCUCAAGCAGACCACCUGCCCGCGGAGCUGGUGUAUCCGCAUGGUCUCCAGCCCGUGGUUCGAGCGCGUCAGCAUGAUGGUGAUCCUGCUGAACUGCGUGACACUGGGCAUGUACCAACCCUGCGAGAACAUAGACUGCUCCUCCGACCGCUGCCAGAUCUUGCAGGCCUUUGACGCCUUCAUCUACAUCUUCUUCGCCGUGGAGAUGGUCAUAAAAAUGGUGGCCCUGGGUAUCUUCGGGCCGCGCUGUUACCUGGGCGACACGUGGAACAGGCUGGAUUUCUUCAUCGUGAUGGCAGGCAUGGUCGAGUACUCCUUGGAUCUGCAGAACAUUAACCUCUCAGCCAUCCGGACAGUGCGUGUCCUGCGGCCCCUGAAAGCCAUCAAUCGGGUACCGAGCAUGCGGAUCCUGGUGAACCUGCUGUUGGACACGCUCCCCAUGCUAGGCAACGUGCUGCUGCUCUGCUUCUUCGUCUUCUUCAUCUUCGGCAUCAUCGGCGUGCAGCUGUGGGCGGGGCUCCUGCGCAACCGCUGCUACCCCGAGGAGAACUUCACCCUCUCCACCGGCAUCACCCUCCCCACGCCGUACUACCAGCCAGAGGAGGACGAUGAGCGGCCCUUCAUCUGCUCGCUGGCGGCCGACAACGGCAUCAUGUCGUGCCGAGACGUGCCGGCGCGGCGGGAAGGUGGCCGCGAGUGCUGCCUGGACAAGGAGGACGCGUUGCAGCGCCAGGCGCUGGGCCUGGGACCUGAGCCGCUGGUCAACAGCAGCGUCGGCGCAGCCGGCCUCUGCGUCAACUGGAACCAGUACUACACCCGCUGCCAGACUGGCCACAGCAACCCACACAAGGGAGCCAUCAACUUCGACAACAUCGGCUACGCCUGGAUCGUCAUCUUCCAGGUGAUCACUCUGGAGGGCUGGGUGGAGAUCAUGUACUACGUGAUGGACGCGCACUCCUUCUACAACUUCAUUUACUUCAUCUUGCUCAUCAUCGUGGGCUCCUUUUUCAUGAUCAACCUGUGCCUGGUGGUCAUCGCUACCCAGUUCUCGGAGACCAAACAGCGGGAGCAUCAGCUGAUGCAGGAGCAGCGAGCGCGCUGCCUGUCCUCCAGCACGCUGGCCAGCCUGGCCGAGCCGGGCGACUGCUACGAGGAGAUCUUCCAGUACGUGUGCCACGUGCUGCGCAAGGCGCGACGCCGCUCUGCCGCCCUCUUUAACACGCUGCGCGGCCGGCCACCACCAUCAGGGGGCGGCAGAGCACGGGUGGGCGGUCCUGGAGAGAAGGCCAACGUGAACGGCGGACACCAGCACCAUCAUAACCACGAGCACUGCGGCCCGGAGUGUGCCACGGCUCCAUCGCUCACGGAUGGGGACCGAGGUGUGGACGCUACGACCGGUGAGGGGGCGGAGGAGGAUGCGGUGGAGGAGGCCGAAGGGGAGGGCGCACGGCUGAGGGAGAGCGGAGAGGAGGAUGCGGAGAGUUCGCCCAGCAAGAGGGCCGGGCCGUGCCGAGGGCGAUGCAAGGAACUGUGGAAGAAGACGAAAGCCAAGCUCUGGGGCAUCGUGGAGAGCAAGUACUUCAACCGAGGAAUUAUGAUCGCCAUCCUCAUCAACACCAUCAGCAUGGGCAUCGAGCACCACGAACAGCCCGAAGAGCUGACCAACAUCCUGGAGAUCAGCAAUAUCGUCUUUACCAGCAUGUUCGCCCUGGAGAUGAUCCUCAAACUCACCGCAUUCGGCCUCUUCAGCUACCUGCGCAACGCCUACAACAUCUUCGACGGGAUCAUCGUGAUCAUCAGCGUGUGCGAGAUCAUCGGGCAGUCGGACGGAGGCCUGUCAGUCCUGCGGACCUUCCGGCUGCUCCGCGUGCUCAAGCUGGUCCGCUUCAUGCCGGCACUGCGGCGUCAGCUCGUGGUGCUGAUGAAGACCAUGGACAACGUGGCCACUUUCUGCAUGCUCCUCAUGCUCUUCAUCUUCAUCUUCAGUAUUCUUGGGAUGCACAUAUUCGGGUGUAAAUUCAGCCUGAAGACGGAUGCUGGGGACACCGUUCCUGAUAGGAAGAACUUCGACUCCUUGCUGUGGGCCAUCGUGACGGUGUUCCAGAUUCUGACUCAGGAGGACUGGAACAUGGUGCUCUACAACGGCAUGGCCUCCACCUCCCCCUGGGCCGCCCUCUACUUCGUGGCGCUAAUGACCUUUGGGAACUACGUGCUCUUCAACCUGCUAGUGGCCAUCCUCGUGGAGGGAUUCCAAGCGGAGGGCGAUGCCAAUCGGUCCUACUCGGACGACGACAGGUCUUCCUGCAACUUUGACGAUACCGACAAGCAGAAAGAUCCUCUGCAGCUCUCGGACCCAAAGCUGUGCGCCCUCACUCCUAACGGGCACCUGGAGGUGGCGCCAGUGAGUACUGGCAAAGGCGUGUACCCCCCCGAGCAUCUGACCUUCCCCCCGGGCUCGCGGGAGAGCAGCGUGACGUCACUGGGCAAGGUCAGCCAGGAUCGCAGGUCACUGCGCAUGGGCCGCAGUUCCCUGUACCACAACUGGGGGCGCCCUCUCCCUCAGUCUGCGUGGAGCAGGAGGUCCAGUUGGAACAGCCUGAGCAGGACCCCCCGGGCUCUUGGAAUGGGGGGAGGCAGCCUCCGAUCCCGCAGCCCCCGCUCCCUGCACGCAGCCGAGAACGAGUCCCUCCUCUCUCCACCUCUUCCUCCCCCACCUCUGCUGUCCCGCCACUUCCCACCAAACAGGGACAGACGGGCACUUUCCCUAGAGCUCCCCGAACUGCUGCAGGUCCCUGGGCCGCCGCUGGCCCUCCCCCAGGAGAAGAGCUUCUCCGGAGGCCCGAGUAGCCCAGGGUGGGCCGGGGACCACCAUGACUGCAACGGGAAGACACCUGCCCCCCAGGCCAAACUGCUCGGGGAGGUUUUCCCACAGCUAAACACAUGCAAGGAGAGACAGGAGCUCGAGGAUGAAAUAGACUACAGUCUCUGCUUCCGGAUCCAGAAGAUGAUAGAGGUGUACAGGCCAGACUGGUGUGAGACCCGGGAAGAUUGGUCUGUGUACCUCUUCUCCCCACAGAAUAAGUUCAGGUUAAUGUGUCAGUCUGUCAUUGCACAUAAGCUCUUCGAUUAUGUGGUGCUGGCCUUCAUCUUCCUCAACUGCAUCACGGUGGCUUUGGAGAGACCCAAAAUCCACCAGGGAAGCCUGGAACGAGUCUUCCUCACCAUCUCCAACUACAUCUUCACAGCCAUUUUUGUGGCAGAGAUGACUGUCAAGGUGGUAUCGAUGGGCCUGUACCUAGGAGACAAGGCGUACCUGCGCAGCAGUUGGAACGUUCUGGAUGGGUUCCUGGUGUUUGUGUCCCUCGCUGACAUUGUGGUUUCCAUGGCUGGCGGGGCCAAAAUCCUGGGAGUGCUGCGUGUGCUCAGGCUCCUUCGAACACUGCGCCCCCUCAGGGUUAUAAGCCGUGCUCCUGGAUUGAAGUUGGUGGUGGAGACCCUGAUCACCUCCCUGAAGCCCAUCGGAAACAUUGUUCUGAUCUGCUGCGCGUUCUUCAUCAUCUUUGGCAUUUUGGGAGUCCAGCUCUUCAAAGGCAAGUUCUUCUACUGCUUGGGCCCCGACGUGAAGAAUGUCACCAACAAGUCCGACUGCCUUGCAGCCAAUUCCAAGUGGGUCCAUCACAAGUACAAUUUUGACAACCUUGGGCAGGCCCUGAUGUCCCUGUUUGUGCUGGCUUCGAAGGACGGCUGGGUGAACAUCAUGUACCAUGGCCUGGACGCCGUGGGCAUCGACCAGCAACCCGUCACCAACCACAACCCCUGGAUGCUGCUCUACUUCAUCUCGUUCCUCCUCAUCGUCAGUUUCUUCGUGCUCAACAUGUUUGUGGGCGUGGUGGUGGAGAACUUCCACAAGUGUCGUCAGCACCAGGAGGUGGAGGAGGCCAAGCGGCGGGAGGAGAAGCGACUGAGGCGCAUGGAAAAGAAGAGGCGGAAGGCACAAAAGCUGCCCUACUACUCCAGCUACAGCCAUGUGCGACUGAUGAUCCACACCCUGUGCACCAGCCACUACCUGGACCUCUUCAUCACCUUCAUCAUCUGCCUCAACGUGGUGACCAUGUCGCUGGAGCACUACAGCCAGCCACGUUCUUUGGAGACGGCCCUCAAGUACUGUAAUUACUUCUUCACCACCACCUUUGUGCUGGAGGCCGUGCUGAAAUUCACCGCCUUCGGCUUCCGUCGGUUCUUCAAGGACAGGUGGAACCAGCUGGACCUGGCCAUCGUACUGCUGUCAGUGAUGGGCAUCACACUGGAGGAGAUCGAGAUCAACGCCUCACUGCCCAUCAACCCUACCAUCAUACGCAUCAUGAGGGUGCUGCGGAUCGCACGGGUGCUGAAGCUGUUGAAAAUGGCUACAGGAAUGCGAGCCCUCUUGGAUACUGUAGUACAAGCCCUGCCGCAGGUGGGGAACCUGGGACUUCUCUUCAUGCUGCUCUUCUUCAUCUACGCUGCCCUUGGGGUGGAGCUGUUCGGAGAGCUGGUCUGUAACGUGGACUACCCCUGCGAGGGCAUGAGUCGUCACGCCACCUUCGAGAACUUCGGCAUGGCAUUCCUCACCCUCUUCCAGGUGUCCACGGGAGACAACUGGAACGGUAUCAUGAAGGACACACUGCGCGAGUGCCAGGCAGGCGAGCCUGCCUGCAACAGUAGCCUGCAGUUCAUCUCUCCACUGUACUUUGUGAGCUUUGUGCUGACGGCACAGUUUGUGCUCAUCAACGUGGUGGUGGCCGUACUCAUGAAGCACCUGGACGACUCCAACAAGGAGGCGCAGGAGGACGCUGAGAUGGAUGCUGAGAUCGAGCUGGAGCUGGCCCAGGGCGCCCUCUGCUGCAUGGGAGGUCUGGCUGGAGGCGCGGCCGGAGCCGUAGGGGGCGGUGACCGGCCGGGGGUCGAGGGAGGUGGGCGACAGUGUGGCAUCACCAGCUCCGGUAGCAACCCUGGUGCCAGUGACCCCCAGCGAUGCCCCAACGACACGCACCACCCACGCAAACUCUACUCCCCAGCCCAGGAGAACCUGUGGCUGGACAGCGUGUCGUUACUCAUCAAGGAUUCCUUCGACGGGGAGAUGCUGAUGAUCGACAACCUCUCGGGUUCCGUGUUCCAUCACUACUCCUCCCCUCCAGUGUGCAAGGACUGCAGCCGUCAUCCUCGAGAGAUUCGCCUGGCUGAGGUGGAACAGGCGUCCCUGGCUUCUGAGCAGCUCUCUGACAAGUCCUCCUCACUGGCGCUCCCCGAUGACCUGAGCCUGGACGACCACAGCGUGUACCAGCUGCUGAUGAGGGACAGCAAGGAGGAAGAAGAGGAUGGCAGCAGUCGCUCACAGAGCUCCAAUGAGCUGGGGGGCAGUCAGCCAGGGCUCAUGCUGUCGCAGCAUCAGAGCCCCCUAGUGAAGGCAUCGGGUGCAGCGAUCGGGGUCGAUCUCCACGCGCCACCCUCACCGUGCUCAUUGGCUCCAGCAGAAGCAGUUCAUUGCAACAGUAGCAAUAGUGGAGGAGGUGGGAGUGGCUUUUCUCCUCUCUUCCACCUUCCCACGGAGUUCUUCCAUCCCGCUGGGGCAGUUCGCCAGUCUAGCUCUGGGACAGGGUGCCUGCCAUCCAUACAGGGCUCUCGUCUCACAUCUCCGGCUUCCUGGGCCUCCCUCAGAUCCCCGGGGGCCGACAGUAGGGCCCUCGGCACACAGCAUCCAUCCCACAGCAAUUCCUCCCUGGCCACAGAGAGCUCGGAGGGCAGACUGCACACCACGCUGGUGGAGGGCCUGAGCUUCAGCAUGUCACCUCCACAAGAUCUCGCCAUGCCUCUGCCUUUGCUCUGUAAUCUCCCUGAUGAGACCCGCUGCCGCCCAAGACAGAUUCUGCGACCCUUUAUGGACCCCCUGUCUGAUCCUCCAGCUGUUUUUAACCUCCAGGCCACUAGGGGUCACCAGAGGAGUCAGAGCAGUGGAGGUGGCAGCACCAGUCCAGGGUGCAACAGACAGGAUUCAAUGGAUCACUCCGACGAUGAUCUAGGGACAGGGAACGGAGGCGGUGGGUCCAGUCAAGCCUGCAACAGCGAACACUUCUCCGAGACUCUGAGCAGCCUGUCGCUAAACUCGCUGCUCUUGCCUGGCUCGCUGGCUCCCCUGCUGGCAAAGAAGUGCAACAGCACUGGGAGCCUGGAGCAAAGAGCCACGUCGCUGAGGGGAGUGGAAGGCAAUCCAUGCUACGGCACAGAACCCCAGGGCUACAUCUCCAAUCUUUGGACUGAAGAUAAAAGCGGAGAUGGAGUAGAGGCAGGGACACAGGGACAAAAAAGUACCACCCACACAAUGGUGGUAGGCACCAGGAAAAGUAGAUGAAACCUAUAGUCAUUAUUUCUGUGUAAUGUCCCUGUUCUGUCCCUCUCCUUUCUGGAAAGAGCUGUGUGGUGCACUCACUCCUCAGUCUUAUUGUUUCCGAAGCGGCCAUAUUUUACACUUCUCAGUGGACGGUGGAACGUCUGCAGUGUUGCUGAGAGAUUCUGGAAGCCCGCCCCCCUGAUACUUGAGCUGUCGCAAGGCGAGACUAGGAAACCGCUGCUCAAACUGUCCAUUAGAAUAGGAGGGGAGACCGUAGACGCACAUAGGGAACGGCAGAGGCACACAAGACCUGGAUAUCUUUGUUUUAAUCAGUUGUUAAGCGGUACAAAAGGCCAGAGAGCACUUUCGACAGGGCCGGUUGAAUAGUGUGAGCGUGUGGGAGUGAUUUAGCUCUCUGAAUCGCUAAAUAGAAGGUCUUUGUUGGAUGGAUUUGUCUGUCAUUACAGGCAGAAAGAACUGGCAGUAUUUUAGAGUAGAGGCUUUCUGAGAUUUCAGUACAGGGGACAUCACUUCUCCGGACAGCCUCCCCUGUUUGACUAUAAAUGAGGCAAGGAGAAGAUCAGCCACUUUAACUUUGUUCUCUGAUCUAUGCCGUGUCAGCAAAGUGGAUGACAGGUGACCGCGACGGUCUAGAAACGCUGAAGGAAGUGUGAACCUCCCAAGAAUGUCGUGGACUCCCUGAAUGGAAGGUCAGGGAGAGGGAGUCAUUGUGGGCCUUGAAAGACCGGCUUUGCUGCAGCGUCAGCCCACACCUGCAUGAGGAGACCUGACAGGCGGACCUUGAAGAUAGAGAGAGAGAGAGAGCGCGCACGUUCCCAUCUGUACACGGAAGUCUGGAAGAAGAUGGACCGAGUCAACUGCAGGAUAUAACCCGAUCCCCAUCUCAAUACAGGGGUACAGUUUCAGGGUAGUGAGACUAAAGUGACACUGGAGUCUUUGCAUUGGAAAUGAGAUAAACAAAAUCAUCUCAGAGACAGAAAAAGAAAUGAAGAUGUUGGCACUGGAUCUCCGCGAACUUAUUAGUUUUCUGGGACAAUAGGAGAUCAGGAAUGAGAAAGGAAAAAAAAAAUGAGACACUGCCUUUGUCUUCUUUACCCUUUUCCAGUGUUGCUUGUUUUUUGUAUCUGCUUUGCCAGUGGCUUCUAGAUUUGAGGUGGGAGUUAAGGGUUCAUCAGUCAAGCAAAAAAAAAUGUAAAAUGAGGGGAAGGGUAGCACAUUUAACGAAAAAAGGGUAGCACAUUUUACAAAGUACACAUAGCCAGGGACUUGGGUCCCCUUUUGGAUUAUAGAAACUUAUUUCUCUUCCUGCAGGACAGCUGGAUUUUAAACAGAAAAAUAUCUGCUAUUUUGAGUGCCAUAUGAAGGAUUUAAGAUAUACUCAACUACAGAUUUUUAACACUUAUUUUUGCAUGGCUGUUAAAUACCAACAGGAUGAAUCAUACUGGAGAACUGUUUCAUGCAGUGAUGCUUCUUGGUACAGUGAUAACGCUCCAGUCCUUUUGAUAUGUCACUGAAAGCAAGUCAGCAAAUACCUAGAAAUAAAUAGAUUUCUUUUAUUCGUAUUUAAAUUUAUAUUGUAGCGACCCGAAAUCUGAUAUCUAACUGAUGCAUCCAUGAUAAGCGUUAUUCUAAUUAUAAAAGGUCCAAGCUAAUUGUGAAUUAUGGUCAAUGGUUUAUGCUUGCGACUUAUGAAAGCGAUGAAGGUGUGUCUGUUGAGGAAUACCCUCGGAAAACAAGGUUUUUUUUUUCUUUUUUCAUCAUUCCGUAGGAAAUAUUCCUGAUAAGAGUACUGUCCAUAUGUCUUGGUAGUAGCGAGGAAAUAAAAUACGAACCAGAAGGGUGCUUUGAUGUUUUUCUCACCUAGCCGUUUUGUCACCUGGCUCCGCACAAGAUGUUUGUGUUGGGAGUCAGGUUUGUUUCGUGCUGUAAAUGAAGAGUCGUCUGUAAGUGCUGAAACAACAGCUAUGUGUGUGCCCUUAGACAGCAACUUGUGUCAAAAAAGCUUUAACGUUUUAAGUUGUUUAGUGUUGGACCAAAACUUUGAAGAUGACUGUAGCACUGGAAAUUUUCCGGGACCGAAGGCCAAACAUUCCCAAAAUGCAUCACUGCUUAAUGUAUCACUGCAUAAUGCAUCACUGCAUAAUGCAUCACUGACUGCACAUACCCCAUGCAAACUGCAUAACUGGAACUCAGGACUGGAGAAGGACCUCCAGAAUGUCCUAUAGCAUUCGGGCAAAAAAUGUAUAAGCUAUAAGACUGUAUGAGGUAGCGCGUUCCGUGUGGUUGGUGGGUGCCUGACAAGUUCCCCGUGUCUGGUCUGCAUGGCAGUACUUGCCGUCAUCUUGGACCACUUGUUUUUUUAGCCUUGAUCUUGUGUCCUAGCAUAACGCUUUACACAUGCAGUGUGUGCAUGUAGAAUGGUCCCAAACAGGAGCUACACACAAGCGUGAGAAGGUCACCAGGUUCCCCGAAGGCAGUGAUGGCGUGGCCCUCCUUAUCUGCGACUUUCCCUGCUCCGCGAGGAUAGCGUUUGACAGCCCGGCUGAACGCCGCGGUGUCACAUUAUGGUGAAUUAAAUCGCAAUGAAAGCGUAGCGGCGCUGGGGGGUUGGGGGGAGGGGAGAGAAGGGGCCACGGACGCCCUAGCAACCGUGCUUAUCGACCGGCUCCAGCUGACCACUUUAGAUUUAAUGCUGUGUCAGAGAAGAUCUGUGUCAGCCGAGGCAUUAUGUGUCAUUACUGGAAUUCAUAGCAGGGAACAAGGCGUGUUAGAACUUCAUUUUGGGCUGGAUGGCCGCAGUCCCCUUCAAGUCGCCAUUUUACUUUUGUGGCUGCCGCCCGCUCCUUUAUUUAGCGUGAUAAAUAAUUUGCAGAUGCGUGGAGCCGAACUCCGUCCCCCGACGUGCUCGGAGAUGGAGCUGUUUUAUUUACGAUGUCCGAAUGCAGACACGUUAAAAGCCUUGGCGGAACCCGGCCCAGUCUCAUGAGGUGGUCUUCGGGCAAGUGCCUGUAGGGCCGCUCAUGCAAGGGAAACAUGCCCCGCCUUCUCCGCAGCGCUGCAAGGGUACCGUCUGGAGCGACUCAGCACAAACGCAGUCCGUUUGCACACAUGCCAGUGCACCACUGCUAUUUAUAACUGCCCCGCCCCCCUGCUUCUCCUGACGUCUUCCAAAAUGCACCCUCGGCCUGCCCCUUCUGACCACCUCCUGGGCCUCGGGGCCCAGAUUACUCACAUACCUCCUCCCCAGGCUGGUGCUAGGGACAGGGAAGGGUAGUCCUGCUAAUUAACCUACUAAUGGCUUAGAAGGGUGCCGGAACCGGAAAGGAAACCGUAGCAAAAUCAGGAUUCCGUUUGCAUUUGCAUUGC